AUGGCGGAACUACCCAAUCGCAUUCCUUCUCCUCCCUCCGCUACGGAGAUUGUAGAUUCGAUAAUUGAUAAAUUUAUCGAUAAAUUACAAUUAAUGUGGGCUGAAAAUGCUGCAAACGGAGUUGUAUUCACACUUCGUUCUCGUCUCGCUUGCGAGAUUGAACUCACUCUCAUCCGCGUUUUCAGCGCAACUCUCGCCCCCGAAGCAGUUUUCACUAGGAUCAGUAGCGAAUUAAAUCGUCUUGAUGAUGAAGUCAAACUUGACGCGAAUCAUCUCCUUCACGAUAUCCUGCUCUUCUGUCGUGGCAUGAUGGAGCAAUGGAACGAUGAAGGAUGGUGGGAAGAUCUUCGGUCGAUGGAAGAUAGUGCUCGGGAUAUAGAAGAUAUGGGUGAAAGAAGGAAUUGUGGAGCAUAUGGGACACCGACGCCAGAGAAACUUCAGCGGAUAGAACGAUUGGAAAAGACGAUGUUUACGGAUCAUCAAUUAAGGAGCCGUAUCGAUGCUCAUGCGCAGAUACUGGAGGAAAGUAUCGCGAGAAUGAAGGCUGAGGAAGAUGACCAUGGCAGUUCGAGCGGGUUGAAUGAUCAAAAAAAUGAUGAUCACGGUGAUGAUGUUGAUAAGGGGGAUAAAGAUUUAGGCAAUGUAGGCUAA